AGAAUAUAAUUAAUUGGAAAAAGGACUCAAUGAUCCUAGACAUUGGUUGCGGCGAUGGAAGUUUGACAUCAAAAAUAUUCAAAGAAAUUUUUCCUACUUGCAAGACCAUGAUAGGCUGUGACAUAAGUGAAGAUAUGAUACGGUUCGCAAAUGAACACUAUGCUUCGGAACGUCUUAAUUUCACUACCCUCAACAUAGAGGGCAAACUGCCCGAUCAGCUAAGGGAACGUUUCCACCAUGCCAUUUCCUCUUUUGCUUUACACUGGUGUCCUCAUCAAGAAAAUGCGUUCCAGAAUAUAUACGAUAUCCUUAGGAAACAAGGAACUUGUUUCGCGAUUAUCGCAGAAAAAAUAUCAUUAUACGAUGCAUACAGGAACCUUGCUAAAGCCGAAAAAUGGAAGACGUGGGUAACUGACGUAGACAGAUAUAUAUCUCCAUACCAUGACAGUCAGGAUUCCCUUAAUGAAAUUCAACAAUUGUUAGGAAAAAUUGGAUUUACUAUAACAAAAUUAGAACACAAGACAAUAUUUUAUGACUACAAAAACCAAGAGAAUAUAAAAGAUGCAUUAAUGUCUCUGGUGCCUUUCAAGAUCCCGGAUGAGUUAAAUGACGAAUUUUUUAUAGAUUUAAGCCAAGAAAUGCAUUUGAUUGACGCUGAAAAGUACAAAUAUAAAAACUCCACUAAAGAUUUUGUCUAUAACUUACAAAUACUUGUAUUAUAUGUUGAAAAGAAGUAAAAAUGACUGGAUUCCUUUCUUUAGCAAUUGAUAUGUAUUUUAUAUUUAUUGAAAUAGACAAACAUAUAUUUUAUCUCCCUCUUCUCUUGUUUUGUAUAACUUUAUUUGUGUUUGUUAUUACAAUAAAUUCCAAAAAGACAUAGAUGACAAAUGUGUCUAGCUUAAUCAAUUUGUUAAGUAGCAAUGGAAA